AAGCUCUUAAAGCUCCACACCUUUCUACCCUAUCAUCUCUAUCAUCUCUACUUUUCAUCAUCAUCACCUUUGUACAAUACAACUUUUACUUGUACAAUAGAGCACUCCCAAUUGUAUCGUCAAUUCUAUGGCAAUACUUUCUAGAGUAAUAGUCUAAAGGGGCCCGAUGGCCACACCACCUGCCGAAUGUCGCAACUACCCCCCUGACGGCUACCAAAAUCCUAAAUUCCCCUCUCUCUGCUGGCCUCCUCAGAACCCCUACUGCGCUUUAUAUUCGGUCGGGGACUCGUGGCGAUUUACCCUGCUCUGGACCCUGAUCCUCUAUGCGGUUUUCCAUUUCGGAGCCGUGGGCAUCGCCCUGGCUAUGCAGAUCGGAAAACCGCGAUUCGUAUGGAAGUACAUGCUAGCCGUUCCAGUCGUAUAUGCCUUGGUGGCGGGGGCUGAGGCCUUGUUUACGGGUAGUAUUGUUGGCCUAGUGCUCGGCGCUAUCUACGUCUCUGGAUGCUAUCAGAUGCCCACGUGGAUACCGUUCAUAUGGGGAUGGAUAAACGUCCUAAUCUUGAUUGUCUCCUCCUUUACUAUCCAGGGAGGUCUAUGAACCCCAAUACUGCAGUCUGAAACGAUCCGUGUGUCUAGGGGAACUCGACUGAGAAAGACUUUUCAACUCAAAAUUAAUGCAGUCGUGCCGCGGUAGGAG